AUGGGCAAGAGACUACCUUUUCUUUUCAAAGCCUCAGAAACAACCAGCACCACCUCUUGGCCAUGGCCAACCUGUGUCAGCAACCUUAAAACCCACUCUUUCCGAUCCCACGAUGAAAACAUAUUAAAAACCACGAAUUAUCUCGACCAAGUUACCACUGAAUGCAGUGACAGUACCUCAGAUUCAUUUCUUGAAUGUGAUGAAAGUCUUUUGAAUGCAUCACAAGUGUUUGUUAACGGUCAUGAGUCGAGUAUUGAGACAAUGAUUCGUGGUCUAAGGACGGCUGACCGGCUGUUUUUUGAGCCUGCACAGGAGACAAGCUCAAUACUUGAAGAAGCAAUCAAAAUUGGCUAUGAGUUUCCAUUUAAAGAAAGUGUGGCAGUAAUGGCAAUGGAUUCAAGAGAUCCAUUUGUGGACUUUCGGGUUUCUAUGGAGGAAAUGGUGGAGGCUCAUGGCUUGAAGGAUUGGGAUUGCCUUGAAGAACUUCUAGCUUGUUAUCUUAAAGUCAAUGAUAAAAGCAAUCAUGGGUAUAUUAUUGGAGCUUUUGUGGAUUUGUUGGUUAAUCUUCCAUUUGCUUCUGGUUCUGGUUCUGAUUUGUUUGCCAUUGACGAGCCUCGUUGUUGUCGUUGUUCUUCUUCUUCUACUACUACUACGCAUUCUUUCACCUCUCCUUCGUCAUUUUUUUCUUCUGCUUCCUUCAUUAGUCCUUGUUUAUCUUUAGAUAAAACGAUGGAGGAUGAGAUCAUUGAGAAAAUUGUUGACAAUGCUCUAACUUCUUCAAAUGUUUGA